AUGGCAGCAACGACAAGUACUAUCCUUCAGGCCAUCCUGUUUGUGUCGCCGCAGUUCUACUGCUAUCCGUGGAAGCCUCUGCUAAACGCUGCGAUCGGAGACACUUAUGACGUAGCUCUAAAGCACUUCCUGGUCAACCACAAAACCGCACCGAACCUCGUGCUGCAUUGCGUGUGCAUGGUGGUGCAAUUGCUCGGCAACUUUUGCUUUCUUCAAACGGUGGACGACAUCUUGUUUCCAUCCCGUCCCCGCCCUUUGUCCAUUCUCACAGCUGUGACAUGGAUUGUCUACUUGCUUCGACGCGCUCCUUCGGCUCCAUGGUGGGUCCAACUCGCGUCGGCGUCCAGCAUUGCCGCGGCGGCAGCUGUGGCGCCGUCUCUUGUACCUCACGGUGUCCUUCUGCUUGUGCAUGUCAUUGGCUUCCACAAGAGCUUGCAUGCCGUCGCCUCGGUUCUCUCGACGCUUGCGCUCGUCGGUUUCCACGUGUUGUGGUCCGCCCUGCCUCACGACCUUGCCUCCAUCUCCGACCACACCGUGCACAUCAACUGUGUGUUUCUCGGUCUCAUGCUGUUGAUCUCGUUGGUCAAGAACCCCCUCGUGCCCUCCGUCGCCUACGGCUACCUCGUCGGACACGCACUAGCCGCCAUCACUGGCCAGGCGUGGCUCUUCUUCUUCAGUUUUGGCUUCUUCGGCUCGGUUUUGCAGUCCGUGUCCCAUCUGGUCACUAAAGAAGUGCCGACGAUGGUGGCAUUGCAGACCGUCGCGUCUCCCGCGGACAAGGUGCGCUACGAGUACGCCCACGUCACGUUCUUUCCGCACUUGGUCUUCCACGGCCUCGUGUUUUCAUCCGAUCUCGUAAACAAGUCCUCUAAAACAACAUAA